CUUUAAAUCAAAGAAACUAGCUUGGAUAUGAGCUAGAAAUAUAAUGAGUAGUCUACAGAGCUCGGGUGGCAUUAGGAAUAGGACGUAAUAUUAAGCUGGAGCUGGCUAUUAUCUUUCAUUAUCCCAAAGAUAGUAGAAUAUCAAUAGGAGAACUUUGUGUAUAAUGUAAAUCACAAAGCAUAAUAUUAAGCAAUAUACUUUGGUGUUGUAAAAUCCGUCGUUAUGGUCCCUGCAAUGAGCACAGGAUUGGAAUAUGGUGCAGUACUGUAAUUGCAUAAAAAAAACAAAUCAUUUCAUUUUUGCAAAACUUCUAGGGGAAAUAAAAUACAGCAACAGUGAGACAUAUUUCCGUGAAACCCGAAUACGACAGAAGAACGAAAAACGAAGGACGGUGCCCUAAGCUGCUUGACGAACAACAGUAGGUGAAAGCAUAACGACCGCAGGUUAUGCAAAUCUUUCGAUGGGUCAUCUCGUAGCAUCAUUUCUCCUUGAGCAAGUCCGCGAGCGGUUGGCCGUGUCAACCGUUGUCUUCGCCGGGGCUUAUUACAUUCGUCCGUGGUGUGACUCUAACGCUUGCAUGUUUCUGCAUGUAUGUGCGUGCCUGCUGUGCGGCACAGGAUAACCAACACUCGUCCGUCACGGGUCAUUCACCUGCCCAUUUUUAAAAAGUAAGGCUGUCAUUAAAUAUCUCAAAAGCGGGGUUGCCGGUGCCUCUUCCUCGCAACCGUGACAGUAUUUCAGCAAAUGCAACGGCCCCCAACCAAAGGAUAUAUAUCUAUAUAUUUUCGCCAGUUUGUCCUCGAUCGAUAAUCAUAGUUCAGCAUCGCUACAACUAGACUCCCUUGGCCCUUCCCCACUAUCCUAAACCAAAGAAAACAGAAACAACCAUGACAACACUAACCAUGUUUACUCUCUUUCCGCAACUCCCUCCAGAGCUUCGCCAUAGGAUCUGGCGCAUGGCCCUUGCCGAGUGCUGGUCAUGCACAAAACUCUGCCGAGCAAAUCGACGCUUCAAAAUGAUAGGCAAAAUUGCUACCGAAAUCGGAUGCACCAGCAGCGAGGCUCGGGCUUUGCGGCGUUCUCUGUGCGUUUACGAGGCCGGUCUAGACUCCUGGAUAGAUCACAGUCGGCAUGUCUUCUACUUUCGUGACUUAGCAUUUGACCGCGGCCUUAUAAAAGGAGCAGACGAACGUUUUGGCCUGUUAUCUCGCAUUCGGCACAUGAUUAUCAAUCCUCGAGAUUGGCCGCGACUGUGGGAUAUCAUAAGUCUUCUUGCCACUCGCUGUCAGUCACUUGAGACGCUUGUCAUCGUUGCACCGUGGUUCACAACUGCUGAAGUGCUCGGCGCCGGGUUCGGUAUGGAUUACGCGCCAUAUGAAGACUGGGGGCCAAUAUUUGAUCAGUCGCCGAAUGAGCUCAAUCUCGGGCGUCUAUUUCGGGACAUUGCCGAUGGUGGUGUGGGGAACGCGAUGCGGAAUGCGCAGUACCUUGCGCAGCUGGAGGAAGCUUGCCAGCUCAUCCCUGAUACGAUGGACGUGGACGAGCACGUUCUCGGCAUUACACUCAUUGCGCUACAGAAGCUGGAAGAUAAAGUCGACAAAUUUACAACAACAAAACCGCGGCUCUAUUUGCGCUCCGUGGCACAGUUACAGCCUGCGUAUGCACCAGCGUCCAGUGUUGCUAAUAGUACAAACAAUACGUAUAUUGGCAAUAUGGGAACUCCGCAAUAAUAUUGUAUUGCCAAGCAGUACAUAUUGUAUCACGCAAUAUGGCGGUAGCGUGUAUUAUAUCAUACAAUAUAGCGGAGGCACAUAUUGUAUUGUAUUGCCAAUAUCACGAUAUAUUGUGUAUAUUACAUGUGAUCUUAAUCUACUAUAUAGCUGUCUUCUUGAAAGUCCUGUGCCCCAAACCACGACUUUAGGCACUCUGAUGCUUCAAUUACAUCACUCCCAAGCCGAUUUCGGCGGUCUGUAAUAGUUAUCUUCUGUAACGGGCUAGGCCCGCUGGAGGGUUCGGUAUACCCUCACCCGUUACAUGGUACAUAAGGCCUGCUAUGGGAAUUACUCUCGAGUAAUUUCUACUCGUGCUUUUUGGCGCAAUUAGCAGGGCCAGAAAUACCGUCACACCUGAUGUGUCUAAUACAUCAUCCGACAGCGAUAAGGCCCUUUCCCGAGGCGUCUGAAAGGGGAUACGUUGCAGCAUUCGGGUCAUGUUUACUCUUCUCUAGUAUAAUAGAAUAGUGGUUAUAAAGGGGUUAAUGUUAGUCGCAACCGCUGUAUUUAGCUACUUUUACAAUUAUACGCGGUUUGGCUCAUGUCUUAGGUUCGCGUUAUAUGGAAUGUUGGGUAAAAAGUACAUCAACAAAUAGAAAUACAUGAAGCUAUUACCCUAUAGUAAUACAUCCAAUACAAAUAAUAUAUUGCUAAUACCAGUAAGCCUGUAUUAUAUUGUCACAAUAUAUUGUUAGCAUGAAAU